AUGCAGAACACCAGCUCCAACACCACACAGAGGCAGAAGUUGGACACCUUUGAAGAGGUGCUGACCAAAAAUCUGACGGUGGUGCUGUGUGGGCUCUUCAUCUUCUACUUUAAUGGGGCGCUUGUGCGUGUCUACUUUAGCGUACCCUCCCUCAGGCAGGAGGCCCGCUACGUGCUCUACGUCCAUCUGGUGCUUAACGACAUGUUGCUGGUGAAGACAUCCGUUCUGCUGCAUGUGCUUACCUACGCGCCGGGUUUGAUCAGUGUGCCUCUCUGCUACAUCCUGGUGAUCACCGCCACCGCUAGCUUCCAGAUCACUCCAGUCAUUCUGGCCGGCAUGGCGGUGGAGCGCUUUGUGGCAGUGUGCCUGCCCCUCCACCACGGCCGCCUCUGCACGACCAGCCGAGCGCAGGUCUUCAACGCGGCGACGUGGUGUGCAGGAAUCACGCCGAGCCUGGCCAGCCUGAUCUUAUCCCUGAAACAACGCCCCCUGCAAUUCCACACGUCUGACAUCCUGUGCUACAACAGUAGCGUCUUCGGGCCAGUCUAUCAGGUGAUCACAGCGGGCAACGGCAUCUUCAUGGCCGUCGUGUGGGUGACGCUGUUCUACACGUAUGUGCACGUGCUCUGGACGGCCCGAGCUGCCAGUUCGAAGGGGCAACACCAAAAGGCCCAGCACACCAUACUGCUGCACGCUGCCCAACUGCUGCUCUACAUGGUGGCCUACCUGGGUCCUGUGAUCGACAGCCUCAUCACCGUGUUCCCUCUGUGGCGCACCAAGGUACUCUUUGGCCAGUUCCUGGUGUUAAACCUGCUGCCCCGGGUGCUGAGCCCCCUCAUCUACGGCCUCAGGGACCAGGCCUUCAGGAAGCAUAUGAAAGGCGCGCUGCUCUGCUGA